GGCUCCGCUCAGAAAGUGGAUUUAUAUGGGGCUUCCUUGGACCAGUCUGUGCCAUCUGCUCUGUCAACUUUGUUUUAUUUCUGAUGACUCUCUGGAUGUUGAAAAGCAGACUCUCUUCCCUCAACAGUGAUGUGUCCACCCUGCAGGAUACAAGGAUGCUGACUUUUAAAGCUACAGCUCAGCUCUUCAUCUUGGGAUGCACAUGGUGUCUGGGAAUCCUGCAGGUGGGUCCAGUUGCCCGUGUCAUGGCCUACCUCUUCACCAUCAUCAACAGCCUGCAGGGUGUCUUCAUCUUCCUGGUGUACUGCCUCCUCAGCCAGCAGGUUCGGGAACAAUACGGGAAAUGGUUCAAAAGGGUCAGGAAACCCAAAGCUGAGUCUGAGACUUUCACGCUUUCCAGCAGGGCCAUGUCUGAUGACUCCAAACCCAUCACGGUGAAUUGAAAGAUCUUUUGAACUAUAUCCUCUUCUCCCAUGGGAAAUCAGAACUGUUAUUCUUUGAGCCACUAGGAGAGGAGAAGGAUGACUUUGUGGUGUGUGUUUCAAGAAAGCCAUCGUGUCAGCAAUGUGGAAGAAGUCGUGGUGGACAUGCUCACGCUCGAUUCCUGUGAA